AAGAGCACAGUUCCCAAAGAUGUGAAGACAGAAAGCAGACACAGCCCAACAAAGACCCCCAGCGGGAGCCAGACGCAAUCCUUCCUAGUCCCAAGCCACACGGUGGUAACGGUCACCAACAAGAAGAUCUUUCAAGAGACGACUUAUUGUUUCUUCUCAGCAUUCUGGAAGGAGAACUGCAGGCUCGAGAUGAAAUCAUAACCAUUCUAAAGGCUGAAAAAGUGGACUUGGCUUCCUUGGAAGCUCAAUAUGGGUUUGUCACUCCAAAGAAGGUGCUGGAGGCUCUCCAGAGAGAUGCUAUUCAAGCAAAAUCUGCCCAAUGGAAAGAGGACGUCUAUGAAAAACCAAUGAAUGAGUUGGACAAAGUCAUGGGAAGAUAUAAGGAAUCAUACAGACGAAUCCUGGACCAGCUUUUAAUGGCAGAAAAUUCUCACAGACAAACCAUACUGGAGUUGGAGGAAGAAAGGAGAAAACACAAAGAAUACAUGGAGAAGAAUGAUGCGUUCAUAAGUUUACUAGAACAGGAAUAUGAAAGACUAAAGAAGCUAAUCGACCAGGAAGCUGAGUUCCAGAAGAAGAAAGAGCAAGAAAAAGAGAAAAGGAUAGCUGCCCUGAAAGAUGAGCUGACCAAACUGAAGUCUUUUGCUUUGAUGGUGGUGGAUGAGCAACAAAGGCUGACAGCGCAGCUUACCCUUCAAAGACAGAAAAUCCGCGCCCUGACCACAAGCGCACAGGAAACACAUGCUAAACUAGCCCGCGCUGAGGCCAGGGUUCGGGAAGAGGAGCAGAAGGCAACCAGACUAGAGAGAGAACUGCAGAGACAGACCACAGAGCAUCGCCAGAACCAAGAGGCAAUUAUGGCGAAGCUCACCAAUGAGGAUGGCCAAAAUCGCCAGCUUCGGCAAAAGCUGGCCGCGCUCAGUCGGCAAAUCGACGAGUUAGAGGAGACAAACAGGUCCUUGCGCAAAGCGGAAGAAGAGCUGCAAGAUAUCAAAGAGAAGAUCAACAAGGGGGAGUAUGGAAACUCGAGCAUCCUGGACGAAGUGGAGGAGCUCAGAAAGCGGGUCCUGGAGAUGGAAGGGAAGGACGAAGAGCUCAUAAAAAUGGAGGAGCAGUGCAGGGACCUCAACAGGCGGCUCGAGAAGGAAACGCUGCAGAGUAAAGACUUGAAGCUGGAGGUGGAGAGGCUCAAUAAAAGGUUGAUGGCUCUGGAGAAAUUAGAAGACGCAUAUGCCAAAAGCAAACAAGAAUGCUACUCUCUGAAAUGCAAUUUGGAGAAAGAGAGGAUGACGAGCAAACAGUUAUCCCAAGAAUUGGAGAGUUUGAAAGGAAGGCUCAAAGAGCUAGAAGCCACUGAAAGCCGGCUGGAAAAGACGGAAUUCGCCCUAAAAGAGGAUUUAACGAAACUGAAAACAUUAACUGUGAUGCUGGUGGACGAGCGGAAAACCGUGAGCGAGAAACUAAAGCAAACGGAAGAUAAGUUACAAGCUGCUGCUUCUCAGCUCCAAGUGGAGCAAAACAAAGUGACCACGGUUACUGAAAAGUUAAUUGAGGAAACAAAAAGGGCACUGAAGUCCAAAACUGAGGUGGAAGAGAAAAUGUACAGUGUCGCCAAGGAGAGAGACGAUCUGAAAAACAAACUGAAAGCGGAAGAAGAAAAAGGAAACGACCUCCUGUCUAAAGUCAAUAUGCUGAAAAAUCGGCUUCAAUCUUUGGAGGGGACUGAGAAGGAUUUCCUAAAAAACAAAAUGAAUCAAGAUUCCAGUAAAUCUACAACAACAUUACACCAAGAAAACAAUAAAAUUAAAGAGCUCUCCCAGGAAGUGGAAAAACUGAAGCUGAAGUUAAAGGAUAUGAAAGCCAUUGAAGACGACCUCAUGAAAACAGAAGACGAGUACGAGACUCUAGAGCGCAGAUACGCUAGUGAACGAGACAAAGCACAAUUUCUAUCCGAAGAGCUGGAACGUGUUAAAGUGGAACUGGCCAAGUACAAGUUAGCAGAAAAGACAGAAUCCAGUCAAGAGCAAUGGCUCUUCAAAAGGCUCCAAGAAGAAGAAGCGAAAUCUGGGCACCUCUCAAGAGAAGUGGAUGCACUCAAAGAGAAAAUUCAUGAGUACAUGACAACUGAGAACCUGAUAUGUCACCUCCAGGGAGAUCAUUCCCUUCUGCAGAAGAAGCUGAAUCAACAAGAAAACAGGAACCGAGAUUUAGGAAGAGAGAUUGAGAACCUCACCAAGGAGUUAGAGAGGUACCGCCAUUUCAGCAUGAGCCUCCGGCCUAAUCUGAACGGAAGAAGAACCUCUGACCCGCAACUGUUUUCUAAAGAAGUUCAGACAGAAACAGUGGAUAAUGAGCCACCUGAUUACAAGAGUCUCAUUCCCCUGGAACAGGCAGUCAUCAAUGGUCAGUCAUACGAGGAGGGUGAGGAUCACGAUGAGGACCCUAACGAUGAGGAAUCCAUUCUGUCCUUCAAGUGCAAUUCAUCAACUCCCUGUCCAGCCAACCGGAAGUUGUGGAUUCCUUGGAUGAAAUCCAAGGAAGGCCCUCCGCAGAAUGGAAAAGUACAAGCAAAACCCAAUGGCAACUUUGUUCAGCCUGGUGAUCUUGUCCUAAGCCACACACCUGGACAGCCACUUCAUAUAAAGGUCACUCCAGACCAUUUCCAAAACACGGCCACCCUCGAAAUUACCAGCCCGACCACAGAGAGUCCGCACUCUUACACGAGCACUGCCGUGAUUCCAAACUGUGGCACCCCUAAGCAAAGGAUAACUAUCCUCCAGAACGCAUCCAUCACACCAGUGAAAUCCAAAACCUCUGCAGAAGGCCUCAUAAAUUUAGAGCAAGGUGUGUCCCCAAUCACUAUGGCAAGCUUUGCCAGAGCACAGACCCCAGAGUCCUGUGGUUCUGUUACACCAGAAAGGACAAUGUCACCUAUUCAGGUUUUGGCUGUGACUGGUUCAGCUAGCUCUCCGGAGCAGGGACGCUCCCCAGAGCCAAUAGAGAUCAGCGCCAAGCAUGCUAUUUUCAGAGUCUCUCCAGAGCGGCAGUCAUCAUGGCAGUUUCAACGUUCAAACAGUAAUAAUUCAAGUGUGAUAACUACUGAGGAUAAUAAAAUCCACAUUCACUUAGGAAGCCCUUACAUGCAAGCUGUAGCCAGCCCCGUGAGACCCGCCAGCCCUUCAACACCACCGCAGGACAGCCGAACUCAAGGCUUAUCUAAUGGGGCACUGAACAAAACGACCAAUAAAGUAACCAGCAGUAUUACUAUCACACCAACAGCCACACCUCUUCCUCGACAAUCACAAAUUACAGUAAGUAAUAUAUAUAACUGAUGACCCUCACCCAUCCAGUCCAUACUGAUAUUCUUGCAAGAAACUUGGUCCUUUUUAAUUAUCCCUCUAAAUCCUCCCCCCCAAAAGACUGACUGAACUUUGGGAAAGUUUGUGCAUGAACUAUUCAAGACUAUUUGAAACUAACUGUUGCCUGCAUAGUCAUAUCAAGUGCGCACUUACUGUAUAUCUUUUCAUUUACAUGCCUGUAUGGAAAAUAUGUAGUCUGCACUUGUAUAAAUACAUCUUUAUGUGUUUCAUUUUCCAUAACUCACAUUAAUUUGACUGCAACUUGUCUUGGUGAAAUAUUUUAACAUUAUAAAACAGUAAAUAUUUUGUUAUUUUUACCACUGCUUGCUGAAUUUUCUUUUAGUCAGUUUGUUAUAUCUUUGCAUGUUCAAUAGAAUUUUAUUUCCUGUU